UUAUGCACCUCUGUCAUGGAUGAUGGAUAUUACCACAUUCAAGAACUGCGUCUGCUUAGAAAAAACUUUUCUGGAACAUUAGCUCCCGAGCUUGGUGAAUUCCCCUACUUGACAAUAAUUGACUUCAUGUGGAACAAUUUAAGUGGUAGUAUACCAAAGGAGAUUGGCAAGCUUAGUUCAUUGCAACUGCUGCUUCUGAGUGGCAAUCAACUAUCAGGUCCUUUGCCAGAUGAACUUGGUUUUCUUCCUAAUUUGACUAAAUUUCAGUUAGACCUGAAUCAAAUAUCGGGUUCAGUUCCAACCACUUUUGCGAAAUUGCCUAAAGUCCAACACUUCCACAUGAACAACAAUUCAAUAAGUGGUCAACUUCCGCCUGAGCUCUCCAAACUUCCCAUGCUCAAACACUUCCUUAUGGACAAUAACAAUUUAUCAGGUUAUCUCCCACCAGAGUUCUCACAGAUGCCCAGCUUAACUAUUCUGCAACUGGAUAAUAGUAACUUUGAUAACACUGAGAUCCCUGCCUCCUAUGGAAACAUGCCCAAGCUUGUGAAAUUGAGCCUGAGAAACUGUGGUUUAAAGGGAGCUGUUCCCGAUUUAAGCGCUCUACCUAAGCUUAUGUACUUAGAUCUCAGCCAAAACCAGCUAUCCGGGAAUUUACCCCAAAACAAAAUUCCUGCAAGUAUCACAACUAUUGAUUUAUCGAACAAUACGCUCAAUGGAUCAAUUCCAUCAGGCUUUUCUGGCCUCCGAAAUCUGCAGAGGCUGUCAUUUGAGCACAACUCUUUGAGUGGUAUUGUCCCUUCUAACAUUUGGGAAAACAUGACUCUUAAUUCUACUUCAGGAUUACUUUUGGAUUUUCGAGAUAAUUUAUUUUCGGAUAUUGCUAGCGGUUUAAAUCCUCCACCAAAUGUGACUAUGAGGCUUGAUGGUAAUUCUGUUUGUCAAAGGGCUCAACUGAAUAUCACUCAGUUCUGUGGAACAGUAAACCAGCUUCCGGUCCCUGAAAACGUGCCUAAAACCGCAAACACUACUUGCCCACCUCAAUGUCAGACGAGCCAAUAUUUUGAAUUAAUCUCAACGCCUGUUUCUCCUUGCUUUUGUGCUGCACCUUUUGGAGUUGAAUUACGUCUGAGGAGUCCUAGUGUGACAUAUUUUGUUCCAUACAUUGACCCAUUCCGAUACUAUAUAACAUCAAACCUUUCUUUGAAUCUUUAUCAACUUAAAAUUGAUUUCAUGAUGUGGGAAAUAGGUCCCAGGCUAAGAAUGUAUUUAAAAUUCUUCCCCAGUGAUAUCCCUAUAUUCAGUGACAGUGAAGUUAUUAGGAUAUCAGAUAUUAUUGCUGAGUUUAAAAUACCUGGUAAUGACACUUUUGGCCCUUAUGAUCUGCUGGGUUUCAACUUCAUUGGACCAUAUGAACAUCAGAGUUCCAAACCUGGAAAAAAUAAGGGAGUUUUGGCUGGAAUUGUGUUAGGGUCUGUCUCUUGUGCAAUCGCAAUAGCUCUGAUUAUCACCUUCUUUGUCUUGAGAAAGCGCCAAAGAAACCAGCAUAAAUUACCUAAAGAUCAGUCAAAUUCAAAAUUUACCAUUAAAGUGGAAGGAGCAAAAGAUUUUAGUUUCAAAGAAUUGGAAAAAGCAGCAAACAACUUUAACACGAAUUCUGAAAUUGGCCAAGGAGGUUAUGGAAUAGUGUACAAAGGUGUCUUAAGUGAUGGCUCUGCCGUGGCAAUAAAACGAGCUCUAAAAGGAUCUCUACAGGGUGAAAAGGAAUUCUACACCGAAAUAGAACUGUUGUCACGAUUGCACCACCGUAAUCUGGUCUCAUUAGUUGGUUACUGUAACGAAGAAGAUGAACAGAUGUUGGUUUAUGAGUUCAUGCCAAAUGGUUCAUUACAUGAUCUCCUUUCUGCAAAAUACAGACAACCCUUGAGUUUCAAAUCAAGACUAUAUAUUGCAUUAGGGGCAGCCAAGGGUAUCCUAUACCUUCAUACAGAAGCUUACCCACCAAUCAUCCAUCGCGACAUCAAGCCAAAUAACAUACUAUUGGAUUCGAAUAUGAGUCCGAAAGUAUCUGAUUUUGGAAUCUCAAGGCUAGCACCAGACACGGGCAUGGGACAUUCAUCUACUCAAAUAUAUUCCACUGCUGUGCAAGGGACAAGAGGCUAUGUUGAUCCUGAUUACCUCUUGACUCACAACCUAACCGAUAAGAGCGACGUUUAUAGCCUUGGGAUCGUAUUCCUAGAGCUCCUCACGGGUAUGCAGCCAAUAUCUCACGGUCGAAACAUUGCCUAUGAGGUAAGAGGAGCAUGUGAAGUUGGGAAUAUGUUUUCAGUUAUAGACAAGAGAAUGGGUACAUUCCCUUCACAAUGUGUGAAGAGAUGGAUGGGAAUGGCACUAAAGUGUACUAAGGACAAAAAAGAAGGUCGUCCCAAUAUGUUGGAGGUUGUAAGGGAACUCGAGGACAUCAUCUUUCUUUUGCCUGACCCCGAUAAAGAUCUCUACACCUCGGGUGAUCUCCCUUCAAACGAAUCACAUUCACCGGCUUCCACAUCAACUAUAUAUUCUACUAGAAGGAGCCCAUACGCGACCACGGACUUCCCGGGAGGUGAUCUUGUAAGUGGCGUCAUUCCGACAAUCAAACCGCGUUGA